GUAACUUCCAUGGAUAGGGUAAGUGCUUGUUAUAUGAGAAAAAGUUGUUAUGUGUUUAUUUUCUUUAGACAAAUAAUUGUCCGCUCAAAAUACAAAGUAGAAUCGAAAGAAAUUAAAUUUAUGAUUUCUAUUAUAUAAAUAUAAUAAUUGAGAUAAUAGAGAAGCAAAAAUAACAAAACGAAAAGCACCAAAGAAAAAAUUCAGAUCGGUUUAAAUAGUUGCCCCCAUUCCCAAGAAAACCUCGUGAGUUUAAAUAUAAAGUUUCCUUCCAGAGCCCAGAAAAAUUAGCCAUCCGUUAAUCGUCCAUUUUUGCAGCAGACUUAAAUCAUAAUGGCAACCGAACAACCAAAACCAGCAACUGUAGAUGUGAAAAUGGAUCUGUUUGAGGACGAUGACGAAUUUGAAGAGUUUGACAUUGAUCAAGAGUGGGAGUCGAAAAAGGAAGGGAAAGAAGCUACCCAGCAGUGGGAAGAUGAUUGGGAUGAUGAUGAUGUCAAUGAUGAUUUCUCUUUACAACUGAAAAGGGAACUGGAAAGCAACACGGAGAAGAAAUAACCAAACCUUCACAGGAUUGUUUCUCUUUCUCAAGAUUUAACCACAGAUAUCUGUUUGCGUUCAUAUAUUUCCCAUUAUGUAGCACUCUUUGUUUCACCAAACGCGAUGAACGUCAGUUUUCUUAAUCUGUAAUGCAGUUCUCUAUGAAGAUAGUUUUAAGCCGAAAAAA